UUAUUUUGAAGGCAAGAUACAAACACUUCCGGUAGCAUAUAUGCUCACCGCGUUCAACUGGAUGUACGGUGAUAAGGCGCUGCUUAGUCUGGCAUCAAAAUAAAAUGUGUUUUAUAUCACAAAUGCGGCUCAAACCCACUGCUAUGGCGCCUUAAAACCCUGGAGGAAGAAGCGGGUCCAUGCUCGGAGGGUGAACGGAGUUAGUGCACUUUUUCACCGCUGAGCCGAGACGCUUCUCCCCCGAAAAACCCAGACGGCUUCUGCGGUCGCUGCUACAAUGAGCUCGGAGCACCGGAGCGCCAGCGAGGACGCCGACGAGUCGCAGGACAGGCCCGACGGCGACAAAGAGGCAGACCCUGACAUCGAAGACUCCGAGGAGGACGAUGACAUCGCCCGGCAGGAUACAGCUUCACUGUCCGGGAGCGGUGGACAGCGGCCGGAGCGCAGUGCGAGGUCUCCGGCGUCAGAUGAGCGGGAGUCCUGUUCACAACCGAGCACCGCGCCGCAGACAGGGCGCAGCUGCGACGGCGUUUGCGGGGGAAAUAGACUGUUUUCAUGGCUGCAGAGCAGGACUAUUAGACGAGGGGUGUUUGUAGAUCCAGCCCGGGACAACUUCAGGACAAUGACCAGUUUGUACUGCUCUAUGAAUCCGGCUGUGGAGUCUGUCAACCUGAGCACCCAGACCCACGGAGCGGUGUUUAACCUGGAGUAUUCCCCGGACGGGUCUGUGUUGACUGUGGCCUGUGAACAGACUGAGGUGCUGUUGUUCGAUCCCAUCUCAUCCAGACACAUCAAAACGCUGACGGAGGCCCACGAGGACUGUGUCAACAACAUCAGGUUUUUGGACAAUCGUUUGUUUGCCACCUGCUCUGACGACACCACUAUUGCAUUAUGGGAUCUCCGUAAACUGAACUCAAAGGUUUGCUCGUUGCAUGGCCACGCCAGCUGGGUGAAAAACAUCGAGUACGACACCAACACGCGUCUCCUCGUCACGUCUGGCUUUGACGGCAACGUCAUCACAUGGGACACUAACAGGUUUACAGAAGACGGCUGUCCACACAAAAAGUUCUUUCACACCCGAUACCUGAUGAGGAUGCGUCUGACGCCCGACUGUUCCAAGAUGCUCAUCUCCACAUCCUCUGGGUACCUGCUCAUCCUCCACGACCUGGACCUCACACAGUCGCUGGAGGUCGGCAGUUACCGCAUGUUGCGAGCACGACGCACUCCGCUCACCUCAGAUGGAGGCACCUCAGCCUCCAGAUCAGCUGGAACUCCACGUCAAGGAAAUGACUCCAGUAAGAUCCACCCUCACAGAGAAGGCCUUUCUCCACGGAACAGUCUAGAGGUUUUGACUCCUGAGAUUCCUGGAGAGAGAGACAGAGGGAACUGCAUCACCUCCCUGCAGCUCCAUCCCAAAGGCUGGGCCACACUCAUCCGCUGCUCCAGCAACAUGGACGACCAGGAGUGGACGUGUGUGUACGAGUUCCAGGAGGGGGCGCCGCCUCGCCCGCUCGUCUCCCCCCGCUGCUCCCUGCGUCUCACCCACUACAUUGAGGAGGCCAAUGUGGGGCGGGGCUACAUCAAGGAGCUGUGCUUCAGCCCAGACGGGCGCCUCAUCUGCUCGCCGUAUGGCUACGGCGUCCGCUUGCUGGCCUUCGACGAGCACUGCGGUGAGCUGGCCGACUGCGUGCCCGUCCAGACCAGCUGCCUCAGGGAGAUCCGCUCCAUCUACUCGCACAGCGACGUCGUGCUCACCACCAAGUUCUCCCCGACUCACUGUCAGCUGGCCUCAGGCUGCCUGAGUGGACGCGUGUCCCUGUACCAGCCAAAGUUUUAGCGUCCACUGCUAAGAUUGCGUCAGACCUGCAGACCUGCAUGCAGACCUGCAGACCUGCAUGCAGACCUGCAGACCUGGGCACAGAAGCACUAAAAUAAGAUUUCUGCUGUUUCCAGCUUUGAUAAUUGCACAAAAGUUUAGUCAGAUAUUGCACUACCCCAUAACAUUGUUUGUACACCUGUAUAUUUUCUAUGAUUUUAGACUCACUAUCAUUCAAUAUAAACACAAGAAUACAGAAUAUAAAUAUAAGUCAAAUCCAUUUGAGCAAAUUACAUUUCACUAAAUAUCUGAACAUUUUUUAACCCAUCUUUGUGUCGCAGUGCUUUGGGAUUAAACCACUCCCAUUUAAUCCCAUUGUAGAUAUUAUUUUCAAAUGGAAAUCCCAUUUUCAAACAAAUCGAUUAAAACAAAUCACAAAGACUCCAAAAAUAAUCUUUGUUUAAUUUUUGUUUAUUCUACAUUUUAUGCCAAUAAAAGAAUGACAUGCGUAUAGAAGUUGAUAUUAUAUCUUGUAACCUUGUUUGAAAUCUAUAAGCACAAUAAGUUAUUUUAUAUUUAACAGUUUUUAUUGAUUUUCAACGUAAUGAAACAUUACAAAUACAACAAUAAGUUAUUUUAUCCAAAUCAUUCACACAAUUGGAAACAUAAAAAACCAACAACAAUUUUCAUCAUCAAUGAAUUGAUUGGUUAAUAAAAUUCCAAACGUUUGUCUGCGCUGCCGUGAACACACUUUGUUUUUAUAUGUUAAGUUUAAAAAAAAAAAACGAUAAAUGUGAUUCUGUAAAAAAAGAAUCUAUAAAUUCUCAUGGCUGUGAAAAAUCAGCUAAAUAUCUGUGCCAUUGACUUAAAUAUUGUCAUUUUUAUCUGUAUUGACAACUCCAUGCAUCUAAUAGAAGCAACGUAAAGUUAAAAUAUCUAUGUUUAAGCUCCUCAUGACCCAGGUCUGCAGCUGGGAAGCACACACAGUUUGUUUGGGGAGUCAAAUGCAACGUGGAGGAGGAGGAUGAGGAAGAGGAGGUGGAGACUUUGGCUGCAACAGUGGAUUUAAACGUUCAACCUUUUCAUCCAAAGCGUUGAGACGUUUAAUUGUGGCGUCUGCAGGACUUCCACACACUCAAUAUUCAUGUUGGAUUCUAUAGCAGUAGAAAACUUUGUGGACUCGUCUCAGCACAAAAACAUAAGGAUGCAAGUGGACGUGAAUACGUGAAUACAUGAAUUAUGGUGAGACAGACUCUGCUCUGCUUCUGCCUUUUCUUCUACUGGUGCUUCUCUGCUCAUACAAUCUUAACUUUUUCACGUCCUUCACCAGCAUUAUGUCCUGUUUCUGUGUGUUGACGUCACUUCUUCUCGCUGUGCGGCGUUUGUUUUGUCACUUGUGCUUUUUCUCCACACUUUGGGGGUUUUUUUUCUAAAAACCUGUGAAUUUGGUCGAAAAAAUGCUGUUUGUUUUGUGAGUUGAAAUGAAACUUAUUUUAACCAUUUAAUAAUUGAUGAGUGGUUGCAGUCUUAACUCGAGCUGCUUCAUAUGGGCAAAACAAAUCCACCUGAAACUGAAAUAUUUUUGCAUUAAGUCUCAUUUUCUUGGAAAAACAGAUUUGACGUUUAUUUGGACAAACAAACAAAACCUUUUUUCUCAUUUGAAAUAGAAGAUUUGUUUUGUUUUUGUUAAAUUCCAAUUUCAUUUAGAAAACUGUGAUUAUUUAGGGAUUAAUUGUGCUGCUCUAACUUUCUCUGCUGACCAGUCUUUACCAGCUGGGAUGAUUCGUUCCUGUUUCUUCAGAAUCACAGGUGAGCAGUGUGUGAUUCAGUAGCAGGAGUGAAAAAUAAACCAGGUUUUAAAGUGUAACUAAACCCGUUGUAAGCCCGUGGAUAUGGUUCUAUAAUAAUGUUAUUUAUUGAUCCAGGUACUUUGCCUCCACGCUUCACUGGCACAAGUUUUCCUUCCUCUCAGUGCAUGGCUUGUUGUCCCAGACUCCUCCCAUUUUUAUCAUUGCUGCAGGUGUCCUUUGUCGCUUUUCUGUUUUUUCACCCCACCCCCCUGCACUGAUCCCCACUCCCUCACUCAGCUCAGCCCCCUUCUUGGCAUCACCUUCACUCUUGUCUUUUUCACAGUUUUGCUUCAUAAUGAAAAAGAAUCUUGAAAAAUC